CUUUUUUUUCAUUUUAUGGUUGUUUCAGUAGAAGUUGGUUAAUAUUUUUAUUGAUGCACAGAUAUAAGUUUCAAUAGAAUACAGUUUCCUUAAAGGUAGCAUCAUAAUUGUCCCAAACUGACAUGGUCAUUUUGUAAUUAUUACAUACCUAAAGUUGAAUUGAAUCAUCUGUCAUAAGCUUUUUCAGCAACACUAUGUGCCUAUGCUAUGCAGAGCAAAAGAUAAUCAGGAAAUGAGCUAAAAACAUGGGGAGAUAAGUACAAAACUGACUAUGUAGCCAGUAUUGUGCUCUUGUAUAGUCACAUCCCCUUUCUCCUUAAAUGAGAAAUUUGAAAUCAAAUGAUUACGAUUAUUUCCAAUUCUUAAAAGUACACAAUUCUAUAGUAGAAGGGAGAAUGCUCCUGGAACUCAAAGAUCCCAUAAUUUGUGGAAUAAGGGAAAGUAUUAGUGGAAGAGGGGAGAAUGUUUAGAAGAAUUUUGGAGGAUGUGUGUAAGAUUACAGCAAGUGGAGUUGUUAGGGGAGAGUAGUGUAGUGGAAUGGCAUGUUCAGUAGCAAGAAGAUGAAGGAAAUUCUGGAGUGUUUACAAUAAGAGCAUUCCAGUGCACCUGCAGUAUAGGGAAGUAGAGGGAAGGCAGGAAAGCCAGGUCUGUACCACUUUAUGGAGGACACAUUAUGAAAGGCUUUACUACUCCUUUGGUUAGGUAAUCUUUCAAUGACUCUUACUCCUGCAUGAUGUAGAAGUGCUACUCCUUAGGCUUGAUUAAAGGAGAAAGAGAAGUGAAAGUAGGGGAGAAUAGGAGACUGCAAGAUUUCAAUCUCAUUCAACAAACAUUUGUGAAACACUAAUAAGCUAAGAACCAGGCACCCCAAGACAAAAAUGAAAUUCCCUAUCCUCAAGAAGCUCGUGUUCUAGAGUCAAGAAACGAUGAGCAGGCUGGUUUCUGGAAAGACUCGCAUGAACUGAUGCUAAGUGAAGUGAAUAGAACCAAGAGAAUAUUGUACCCAGUUACAAGAAGAUUAUGUGAUGAUCAGCUGUGUUGGACUUGGCUCUUUUCAACAAUAAUGUGAUUCAAGGCAAUUCCAAUACACUUACAGAUGUAGAGAGCCAUCUGCACCCAGAGAACUAUGGAAAUAACGUGUGGAUUACAGCAUAGUAAUUUUCACCUUUGUUGUCUGUUUGCCUUUUUUUUUCUUUUUUGAUCUUUUUUUUUUUUAAUAAUAGCUUUUUAUUUCAAAACACAUGCAAAGAGUUUUUUCAACGUUCACCCUUGUAAAACCUUGUGUUAGAAUAAUUCUCACCUCUCACCUAACCUAGUCAGCAAGUAAUUCAUGCAGCAUGAUAAAUGUGGAAAUAUGUAUAAAAGAAUUACACAUAUUUAACCUAUGUUGGAUUACUUGCUAUCAAGGGAGAAAAAUUUGGAGCACAAGAUAUUUUGCAAGGGUGAAUGUUGAAAAUUAUCUUUGCAUGUAUUUUGAAAAAAUAAUAAAACAAAAUAGCUUGGGAGGAGGGAAUGAUGAAGUCCUGAAUUGGGUUAGUGACUGAAGAGGAGGAAACAUGCCAGAAAUAGAUCUGAAAUCAUUGUAUUUCUUUCCAAGUAUAAUUCCUGAAGAGAAUCCUUAAUCAGAACCUAAGCUUUAAUUAAAUGAAUACAUCCUUAAAUAUUGUUUAUCUUCUCUAGACUUAGCUCUUCAAUAUUCACCAAUAAGCUAACAUUUGUUUUACUCCUUUGGAUUCCUAUUCUUUUAAGUAAAAUUUUUUACUUUUCUUAUGUAAAAGUGAAAGGAAAAUAAUUUAUGUAAUAAACAUAAUUUCUCUAUUGUUGACUCUAUAUAAGUAGAUAUAUACCAAUACUGAAAAUUCUGAAAUUGAGUAUUUGUUGGAAUUUAACUUUGUUUUAUGAAAUCCACUGCUACUUCCUUUCCCUCAUGGAGCAGCAUAUAUCUGUUGUCUAAAAAUAGGCAAGACGUCCCAUUUCCCAGCUUCUUUAUGAAGCCUUCCUUUUUACAACCUUAUUUCUCCCUGAAGUCUCCCUGACUUCAUGGAUAUCACUGAAGUCUUCAAGAGAUGUGGUAGGAGGUAUUCUUGUUUACACAUAGAUUGACUUAGAGCUUAUCAGAAGUUUCUCAGCUCUGAGAUUUUUUUCUAUUGUGAUUGCUCUGUCAUUUGUUUUCCUUUUGUUAAUUCUUAUACCACCUUAUCAACACCCUCAGGCAAUUUUGCCCUGAUAAUGCCCUACCUUGUACUGCUAGUCAUUUUUUAAUGUGUGUAUGUGUCUGUGCCCACGUAUGCAUGUGCACAAGCUCACGUCGUUCCCUCUUUUCCAAAUCAGACUUAGUAUAGAAUAUUCCUAACUUCAGGAUACACGUUGGCAUACAACUCCAUAUAUAACUAGGUUGUUUGGUCUUAUGUUAAGUUUUUUUAAAAUUUGCAAUCUAUGAUAAAGACAUAUUCCUAGAACUCAAAGUAUUGUUUAUAUGGGAAGAUGUAUUUGGAAUCAAGGCUGUAGAACACAGGCAAUAUAAAGAAGGAACAGGGAAGUAGAUUCCCCUUUAGAUUAAUCCAGCUCAAUCUUUCUUGCCUGCCCCUUUCUUUAAGCCCUUGUCUCUGGCCUGGUGGGAUUGGCCAUUAUAUACACACUUCCCCGCCCCCCCAUCCUCUGAGCAGCUGUGAUGUAUUCUGGUGAUUCAGACAGUUGGUGAUGUCACAAAAGACUCAGACAACUUGGCUUUCAGGUUCCCAGAUGCCUGGGGAAACACACUCACCAUGAGCAAAUACUCGCCCCUCUCUGCUCAUCAUGCAUAUGCUGAGAUGCUUUUUGUUCUUCCUGCUGUGCACUACUUUAGGAUAUGCCUUUAUGUUCUCUUCUCUGAGAGAGAAAGCCAAAGAACCUGCCGGUGAUGUGCCUUGUGGAGGCCACUUUCGGAUAAGGCAGAAUCUAUCUGACCAGGCCAAAGGCUGGCUUGGGAGCAAAUGGAUCUGGCUGUUGUUUGUUGGACUGCUCUAUGCUGUAGUAAGAUUCCGAGGGGAAGGUGACAAAAAUAAGGAUAAGGACCCAAACAGUGGAAACUGUUUGUACCGCCCUCUACAAAAGAAAAAUCAGAAUGCUGCCCCUAACAAAGACUAUGCACUGAAUACCUUAACCCAACUGGAGAUGGAUCUGGUGACAUUUGUGUCUAAAGUGCGAAGUCUCAAAGUGGCCAUGGCAACUGGUAAUUCCCUCAAGCUUCCAGACUCAGAGGUCCCUUCAGAUCCACACAACAAUAUUACGAUAUAUGAAAUAUGGGGAGAAGAUGACUCUGACUAGAUUGGUUUGGAUGUAAGAGAGAGAAAAAAAGUCAAAUGAUUGACAAACACUAUACAAACUAAUAAACUAUUCCCAAGAAAAUAAUUCCCUCAUUUCAUACCUUUUUUAAUAUUUUAAAAACUUGAACUUCUCUGUCAUGUGAGACUGAUUAUUUUAGGUUUUAUUUUUAUUUAAAUGGGGAAUUAUGCUAGUAGUCAACACAUUCUCCCCAUGGAGACUUUCUCCUUGGCCAUCAUGCAUAAUGAUCUUUUUUCUAUUUUAAUUGGGUCUGAGGAAUUACUGGAAAAAAGAUAGUUGUAGUAAGGGCAAAAUUUUUCAUAUAAACUUUUUUUCUUCUCCAAUUACAAAAAUAUGUGGUCAUUGAAGAGUAUUAUUUCUUUUCGAAUGUUACAUAUCUUAGAAAUGUGGAUUUUGAUACAGAUGCCUAAAUAAAGAGCUUUUAUGUUCUCUAAGGAAAUUGUAUUAAAAUUGGGCAAAGGUCAAAUACAAGUUUUGGAAUGUAUGAUCCUACUGAAUGUGUCAUGAAGCUAUAAUUCUUCGUACCAUUCCUAAGAGUCUGAAUGUCAGAUUAGAUGAAAAUUCUCUUUCCUGCCCCUUGUCUUUUAAUAUUGAUGGUGUAAAGAAUUUCUUAGAAGUGGAUUUUAUAAGCAUGAAAACUUCAGCAUUUAAAGAUAUCAUUUUCUCCUUUAUGUUUUGUGUUGUGAAAGCUAAAUAGUAGAUUUCCAUCCAAGUCAGUAGUUAUCAAAUGUGUAUUUGUUUAUAAAUACCUGAUACAAGAACCUUAAUAAAGUUAAUAUGAUUUCAGAACAUUUGGAUGGUUAAAGCUGUUUCUACACUGAAGUAAAAUGCAGUCACGUUUUCUGUCAGUAGAAUAUAAAUGAUUAGCCUCUGAAAUAUUGAACGUCAUAAAAACUAUAAAAAGGGAUUUUGCUAAUAGUAUGGUUGUAAACUGUUAAGAGAAGCAACAAACAGUAACAGUUUUGAAAAUUUGGGGAAAUUUUGGCAAAGUGUACAUACAAUAGUCUUCUGAUUUAGGAAAAGUAAAGCACUUUUUGCAUUAGUAAUGAGAAUUUGAUCCUGAUUCAAUUCACAACUAUAUGGGACUAUGCUUUCUAUUAUGAACAAAAAAGGAAUGUAGUUUGAUGUAUGCUACCUGAAAAUUUAGAUUUACAGUGUUGAUCUAUUAUAACGCCCCAUACCAUUUUGGUUCCAAAAUCGUUGUCCAGAAAAGCCUUGUGAUUAGACCAGCUAAUAUUUGUGUUUUGUAAUUAGUAAUGCCUGUUAGGUGGCACAAUGGAUGAAGUGCCAGACCUGAAAUCAGAAAGAGCCAAGUUCAAAUUUGACCUCAAAUAGUUAUGUGACCCUGGACAAGUCAUUUACCCCUGUUUGCUUCAUUCCUCAUCUACAAAAUGAACCAAGAAAACCCCAAUUGGGAUCAUGAAGUAUUAGACAUGACUGAAACAACUGAACAAGAUUAGAUUGGCAGUAAAAGGGAAAUAAAGUUUUGAUAGAAAAUGCAUUCCAAAUUCCAAAUAUGUCGAAUUAUAAGAGCUUAUUUUUGAGUGGUGGGAUUUUCUGGAUUAUUUAUAAAAUACAGAUUCUUUAGCAAUGAGACUAAAAAUUCUCAUGUUUAUAUAUAAUUGGAAUUUUUAAAAUAAGUAUCAGUUGUCUUUUGCAGUAGUGUCCCCUUUAAUAAGUGAUGUGUUCUGAGAAAUGGGUCCCUCAUUGGAAUGUCUAAAAAUUGCUUUGCUACCUGGGACAUGAAGAGAAUUCCCAUUGUUUUAGGUCUUUUCAAGUGUUGCAAAUCUGACUCUAAUAUUGAUUUGAUUGUAGGAAACAGCCAAAAAUCAUAUGGAGCUAAUAUGUGUAGUUGGAUUGAUAAGAAUGUCUUUCUAAUGUUUGCCUUAAAUUGGAUCUGAGUAGAUAAGUCUCUAGAUGUUGAUGUACUAAAAUACGUAAUGUCCUUUCAAAGAAUUUAUCAGACUGAUUUUUUUUUUUUUUUGGUCAUAUUCUCUCUCUCCAUGUUGGUGUGGAUGAAGAUAUUAUUCAAGUGAAAAUCAAUAUUAUUGGAGUUAAUUUGCCCCAUGUAAAUUGAUUUUAAUGAGGAUAUGAUUCAAGAAUCUAGUCUACUGUCAUGUCAAGAUUUUAUUUGAAAUUCGUGUAGUUAUAACAAAAACAUGGGCAUGUUUAGAAUAUGAAGUGUUAAGGGAUAACCAAUGUCUUAAGUUCACUGAAGAUAAAGUUGGAAUCCAAGCCAAAUUCUUUUAUCCCUUAUCUUGGGUAAAUUACUUUUCUGGGCCCUUAGUUCCUCAUAUAUUUAAAUGGAGACCGUAAUAAUGUUGCCUUACUCAGGAUUCUUGGCAAGACUAAAUAAAAUGAUGCAUGUGAGGUACUUGACACUUUAAUAAAACUUUUUAAAAAAUCUGUAUUUCCAGCUGUUUCUCUAGAUUUCUUAAUGGGAUUUAUUAACCACUCCAAUAUUGGUACAUUUUUAUUCUAUCUUACUGAAAUAUUAUUGCUGCUUUAGGAAGUUAUAAAAUCAUGAGGCACAAUACACACAAAAGUGCAAAUAGUGCUAUAUUAUUAACCUUAGAUUACCAUCUAUAUUUCUAAAAAGAGAGAGGUGCUCUCUGCAAAAGAUUUCAGUCAUAAAAAUUGGCCCCUUACCUGACCAAAAUCAGUCAAUAAUAUGUAUGUAUUAGCUAACAUGUAUGUAGAAUUUAAAUUUUUCAAAAUGCUUUGCAAAGGCUAGAAAGUGAUGUUUUAAUUUGUUCUCCAAAAUAUCCCUUAAUAUUCUCCUCCUGAUUACCAUUCGUGUGUAUACUAAAUUUGAAUGUAAGUGCCUUAAUUCCAAUAGACUUGUAAUG